UCUUCGAGUGAAUCUUGACCGUGUUUUUUUUUCUUUCCCGGAGGAUUGCUGUUGAAUUUGCGGACAUGUUGGAGUAACGUGCAUUGCUUGUGCGAGGCUCCUGUUUUCGAGGACUGUUUUUCGUGGAAGGUGGUGGUGGAGACGCAGCUAGGGUUUGCUUGGGGUCGAGGAUGAAGUAGCCACCGAUGUUGGUGUGGAAUUUGUGCAAGUUUUGUACACUUUCAAGGAUGUAUUGAAGUAUUUGAAAGAGGUAGUGGAUCGACCACAUCAUAACUGGAAGACUUGGUGGGAAUCGUUUGUUGUGGAGAAAGGAGUUUCUAGGCGAAGAUCUGUUGAAGUGAGGGUCGUGAACCGUGAGCACAUGGUCGGCAACAGGAGCAACAGUGAAGGUGAGACGUGAUGACUGACGUUUACGAGAUGGAAAGAGAAGAGGAGACGUACGCGUCAGAUAGGGAUACGACGGGUUGGCGGAAUUUCUGGGCUGUGCGAUGGACGAGAACGAAAGUUAUCACUCCACUUAUGGUGAUCCUCCGCAGAGGAAGCGAACCGAAACAACUUGCCUUUUCGGCAGCUCUAGGCUUUACUCUUGGCGUUUUUCCAAUUUAUGGAGUCACUGUCCUUCUUUGCGGAGUAGCAGUGGCGAUGCUAGGCGCUAAAUGCAAUGCUCCGAUACUGAUGUUGGCCAAUCUCAUCGCGACUCCAUUCGAAUUUACCUUGAUGAUACCCUUUCUGCGUGUUGGCGAAACUCUGGUAGACGCCAAACCAUUCCCGCUGACGAAGGAUGCACUUUGGGAAGCUCUUAGUGGAAAAGCCUCUAGCGAAUUGCUCCAUGCCAUUGGUCAUGGGCUGCUUGGAUGGCUUGUUGCUGGCCCUUUCCUGUGCUUAGCGAUGUAUUUCGUGCUCUUUCCGGUUAUAAAGUGGUCGCAACGUCAACUUGGAGGUCAGAAUCGGACGCCAAGCGAGCGCGUAGUGCUAUUGAACGAGGAUGCUCUGGGAAAGAAAGCCAUCGGAGAGUGAUAUCAGGGUCUACGUACCAACGUAAAGCUCCACGCCUCCGUGAUGUCAUUAUUUAACCGACUGUAAUUCCACUCUCUCACUCUCUUUGGUAGUUUGGCAAUUCAGACUCACUACCGUGAUCGAGUAGUAAACAUUACUCUAUGCUGUACUGGAAGCUUUGCUUGCGACUUCCAAUUGUACCAUUGUACACUACAUCUAGUGAUGAGAUAACUAUUCUUACUGCUUAGCAUCAAUGAGAGAUGCUGA